AUGAAGAUCAAGACGAUAUCAAGGUCGUCUGACACUUAUGUUCCUGUGCGAAACACGCAGGAGUCUGCACUUCCAAGAAAUUUGGAUCCAGCACUGCAUCCUUUUGAAAGAGCUAGAGAAUACACCAAAGCACUCACAGCGACUAAGAUGGAGAGAAUGUUUGCGCAGCCGUUCAUUGGUCAACUAGGUCGUGGCCACAGAGAUGGUGUCUAUAGCAUUGCUAAGAACUACAAGACGUUGAACAAGAUAGCCACUGGCUCUGGUGAUGGUAUAGUAAAGUACUGGGAUUUGGCUUCAAGGGAGGAGACGUACAGCUUCAAGGCCCACUACGGAAUGUGUACCGGGCUUGUUGUAUCACAACCAAACAGUCGUCUUUUGUCCUGUGGUGACGAUAAAACAAUCAAAUUGUGGGAUGUGGACAACCAGGAUAAGAGCCAGAAGGAGGAGACCGAAGCAUCCACGGCUGGACUGGUGAAAACGUGGAGGGCAGAGCAUUCUUUCAAGUCCAUGGAUCACCAUUACGAGGACCCUGUGUUUGUGACGGGAGGUGCGACUAUAAACCUAUGGGAUCUAAACCGCAACAACCCAAUCAGUGAUUUGUCAUGGGGAGCAGACAACGUGAAUACAGUCAAAUUCAACCUAACGGAGACAUCGAUAAUAGCAAGUGCUGGUUCAGACAACUCGAUAAUAUUGUACGACAUAAGGACCAACUCGCCUAUCCAAAAGAUCAAGACUUCGUUGAGGACGAAUGCCAUUUGCUGGAACCCAAUCGAGGCCUUCAACUUUGCAUCUGCUUGUGAAGACCACAACGCUUACCUGUGGGAUAUGAGAAACAUGGCCAGAUCCUUGAACGUUUACAAGGACCAUGUAAGUGCGGUGAUGGACGUGGAUUUCUCUCCGACUGGACAGGAGUUGACCACGGGUUCAUAUGAUAAGACCAUAAGAAUUUACGAUGUCAAGAAGGGCCACUCCAAGGAUAUAUAUCACACCAAGAGAAUGCAACAUGUUUUCAUUGUGAAAUACACGAUGGACUCAAAAUACAUUUUGUCGGGGUCAGAUGAGGGUAAUGUGAGAGUGUGGAGAUCAAAGGCUAACGAUAGAUCCAGUGUCAAGUCCACCAGGGAAAGAUCCAAAUUGGAGUAUGAUGAGAAGCUCAAGGAAAGAUUUGCCAACAUGCCUGAGAUUAGAAGAAUCGCCAGACACAGACAUCUUCCAAAGAGCGUUAAGAAGGCUGGUGAGAUCAAACGUGUGGAGAUCCAAUCUCUGAAGCGUAGAGAGGAUAACGAGAGAAAGCACAGUAAGCCGGGUGCUGUGCCCUACAAGAGUGAGAGAGAGAAGCACGUGAUGGGCCAGGUUUUCAAAGAGUAA